AUGGCGUGCAACAUGGGACUUCGCAACGCUGGCGCUAGCUCCCUCGAAGGGGAUAUGGCGACAACUGAACCCAGUGAGGACUCAACCAGUGCAAAUAUCGAAGAAAGAUCGGGUAAUUGUCGCGGUCUACAGCUAGAUGGAGGUCUCGCUAUUUUCGCAGACUACAUCCAGAAGGUCUGCUCACUACAGACUCCAUGA